AUGCUCCGCCGACGGCACGCCGCCGCUCACUGCGGCGGCACGGAGAGGGCAGCUGGGCGUGGUCCGCCGCUUUUGCUUGGAAAGGGGAGACUCCUCCUUGAAAAUCGGGCGGAUGCCAACGCCACCGACCAGACCGGCAAGCAGCUCUCCCUCUUCUCGCACGCCCAAGCCGAGCCUGUGGCCGAAGCACUGGACUGGAACGCCUCGCAGGACCUUCCAGGCUUCUCGAAUGGUGGGCUGCAGCGAGACGACGGCGUAGCAGCUGCAGAUGCUCUCCAUGCUCAGGUCCUGCAACAGCAGGCUGCCCCGGAGUGGGCCGCCUCGCUGGAGACGCGGCCGGAGGACUUGGCAGUGCUUGUCGUCUCGAGUGCUGGGCGCCAGGAGCUUUUGGAGGGGAGCUUGCGCUCCCUUUCGUCGGUUCCAGGCUAUCGGCGAGAGCAGGUCCUCGUGUUUCAGGACGGCCCCGACGCACGCGCUCAGUGGGUGGCUCAGAGCCUCUUCAAAGUCGCCUGGGUUCUGCAUGACCGCGAGAGCAUCGUGGACUUUGACACACGCGUGACUGAGCAUCACCGCGAGGCGAUAUCCUACGCCUUGAACAAGCACUUCCCCAGGGCCCGGACACUCUUGGUGGUGGAGGAAGACAUGGAGGCAGCACCUGACAUGCUGUACUUCUUUGCCCAGCUGGAGCCGAUCCUGCACAAGGACCCCUCACUGUGGUGCGUCUCCGGCCGCAACGAGCUGGGGCUGGGACCGUAUGCGGCAGACCUCUCCGGUCUCCUACGCACCGACGUCUUUGCCGGGAGUUUGGCGUGGAUGCGUGUUCUGAAGGUAAAGCCCCAAGAGCCUUUAACAGCAUGGCUUGUGGGCAACAAAGCCUUUCGGUCGGCGAUGCACGCCGGCGUGAUGGGCGCCACCGUGCUCAAGGACCUGUCUGAGAUGCCUUUUAUGGAAGGCUCUGCCAUCAUACGGCCGUGGCAGAAGUUGCCAGGUUAUCGCGUGGACUUUGCCUGCCCCACGGAAGGCAUCUCGCCAGAGUGCUGGCGGAUGGUGUCCAACUUCUUCAAGCUGCCUGAGGCCGUUCCCCCCAGGGGCUUCUACAACGGGGUACUUCGUCUUCGGUGGGGUGCCAAAGCUGUGCUCUUCAUCGUGGCCGACAAGGCCUCCCUCAUUGGCGCAGAGGAGGCGAGAGGGCGAGCGCCGCCCAUUCCAGCCAAGGACUUUCAUCUGGCGCCGCCCCCUUUGCUGGCGAUUAGGCAGAAUGUCGUGGCCGGGAACGCUCAGGACGUCGGCAGGUCAUGUUCCUUGCUGUGUGAGUCGACGGGCAAGGUUUGCCACGCCGCGGACCUCAUCUUCCUGAACGACUGCACCUCCCUGCGGACGUUCUUCAGCUGUGGGCGCUGCGAGAUCUCCACAGGCGCUGUCCUGCCGGCGCUGCGGGCCCCGCGCGAGCGUCGGGAAGGGCGGAAAGGCUCUGGAUCCGCCUGCAUGUCAAACUCGGAUGUGCUGCAACAUCCGCCCUCGUGCGAUGUUGCCGAUGCAGAUAAGCAGCGCCUCUGCGUGUGUCGUGACCCUCUGUCGGUCGCCUCCCAGGAGCUGGUGGCCGUCGACGCUUUGCUGCCCAAGGCCGGCGAGGUCGGCUCCCGGGAUGCGAUCUUCGGUGUUUAG